AAUGGUAUUAUCAGAUGAGAAAAUAACGGUUCGUCUUAGCGCUGUUGAUCGAACAGUGGAAUCGAUAGAGACGACGUCGAUGUGGGUUAUACAUCAUCGAGAUUCAGCAGCUCAAAUUGCUUCUUGUUGGAUGGAAGCAUUUAAGAUCGCGAACGAGGAAGGACAAAUUGCAUUGUUCUAUUUGGCGAAUGAUGUUUGUCAAAAGACAAAAAAAAAGAGCGAUUCGCAUAUUAUUUUACAAACUUUUGCUCCUUAUUGGAUUAGUGCAAUCGCAUUUUCGAGAAACAGUGAAGUAGUUCAGAAAGCAGUAAAUAGAAUUUUGGAUAUAUUUGAAGAACGACAAAUAUAUUCAAAAUCGCAGCUCGCUGAUAUGCGUAAUGCGCAAAGUGAAGUGAGUGAUAUGGAUAAUGCGAUGAUGGAGCUAGAUAUAUCUGCUCUUACCAAAGAUGUGGAAGGUUAUAUGAAAGGUGAUCUUGUGAUGGAGCGUGCAAGAGAUCUACUUGCAAGAAGUGAUUUCCAUUUCAAAGAUAAGAUAAAAAAUCGUAUGAAAGAUCGUCGUGAUGGUCAAAAAUUCCAAGCUGAAAUUGAACAGUCAUUUAAAAAAUUGAGUGAUUUUUCUGCUGCAUUAGUAAAACACAAAAAACGCGGUCAGAGUUUGCUGGAAUCAGUCGAUUCUGCUAAACGCUUUUUUAAUUUGCAAUUAAGAGAUGCCACUGUUGUUGAAGAUGCGUAUGAGAAAUUCGGCUCAAGUAUCGAUAGAGUACGAAAAGAAUUGGAAGAAAUGCUAGAAACUAGCAUUUAUCCUGGUGCAUCUCCACCUCGCGAUGCUCCUUCUCCUACUGCAAAUGAUGAUCCUUUUGUAGCGGGGGUCGAGAAGGCAUAUGAACAAAUGCGACGCCCGCGAGAAAAUAUAGAAGUAACUGACAUGGAUGUUGAAAAAGAAGAUGAGCAUGUCACUGCUGCCUAUGAAAUAAACUGA